GAGUAGGCAAUGCACAAACUAGUCAAAACUCAGUCUUUCACCCCCCUGCCUGCGGACCGAAGCAGUCGCUAGAGUUUCUUCGUCGUCUGCUUUUAGUGCUUUCUGUAAGCACCAGAGUUUUAGGCGAAAAGCCCGAACGAACAGCCUCUGGAAAGAAAAGAGGGGGAAAGUUUAAAAAAGGUUUCCGUGUGUCCUGCGCGAAAGGAGGAUUUAAUGCAGAACUGCAAAAAGUUGUGAAUGCAUGAGAGCUCUGUGAGGUGGACUGAUUGACUCCAGACUGCUUUUGUCUACUAAUUUCUCUAAUAAGGAGGAAAAGGCUUUUGUCGCUCCUGUUGCGCACCGCCAGCGCAGCGCGUUUGUUUGCGCUCUUGUCAAACUUUCGAAUGUUUAAUUGACACCUGUUGCGUGACGUCGCCCGGUAAGUGUAUCAAAACUUUGAAAAGUUUACCUCGAGUGAUUUUCGCGGAACUUUUUUUUUGCAAUGGACAGCGCCGGACUGUUUUGGAGUAUGUUCUUGAAGUGAAUGAAACGCAGAAAAACAGUGGAAACGCAAAUGCCAAGUUGAAUUGAUCGGAGGUGGAUUUGUUUCGUAUUUUCAGAAGUAACUCCUACUUUGUAUGCGCUUCAAAAGAACAUCACGUAGAGGAGAAGACCAGCUUCAGCUGUCAGGACUUCAGCUCUGGAACUUUGGAGGAACUUUUGGAGACCUACGCUGAACGGAUAGAUCGAGAUCUGCAAACAAAGGAGGCUCUUCGCGUUUCCAUUUCUUGGACGAGGAAGGAUGGAUGUGAGAAUGAACCAAGGACACCUACUUUUGGCAGUGACCCUCAUCGUCUGCAACUCUCAGCUGCUGGUGGUCGCCAACUCAUGGUGGUCAUUAGCCAUGAACCCCAUCCAGAGACCGGAGAUGUACAUCAUUGGAGCACAACCUCUGUGCAGUCAGCUGACGGGCCUGUCUCAGGGUCAGAGGAAGCUCUGCCAGCUCUAUCAGGACCAUAUGGUUUAUAUCGGAGAGGGGGCAAAGACGGGCAUCAAGGAGUGUCAGUAUCAGUUCAGGCAGAGGCGAUGGAACUGCAGCACGGUGGACAACACAUCCGUGUUCGGCCGCGUCAUGCAUAUAGGCAGCAGAGAAACAGCUUUUACUUACGCCAUCAGCGCAGCGGGCGUCGUGAACGCCGUGAGUCGGGCGUGCCGUGAGGGUGAGCUUUCCACCUGCGGCUGUAGCCGAGCGGCUCGUCCUAGAGACCUCCCGAGAGACUGGCUAUGGGGCGGCUGCGGGGACAACGUCAACUACGGCUACCGCUUCGCCCGGGAGUUCGUGGACGCCCGUGAGCGUGAGAAGAACUACCCACGUGGAUCUGUCGAACAUGCACGCACGCUUAUGAACCUACAAAACAAUGAAGCUGGGAGAAUGGCAGUGUACAAUCUGGCCAACGUCGCAUGCAAGUGUCACGGAGUCUCCGGUUCGUGCAGCUUGAAAACCUGUUGGCUCCAGCUGGCCGACUUCCGUCGUGUGGGAGAGUUCCUGAAAGAGAAGUACGACAGCGCCGCCGCCAUGCGCAUCAGCCGACGAGGCAAGCUGGAGCUUGUCAACAACCGCUUUAACCCCCCGACGAGUGAAGACCUGGUCUACAUCGACCCCAGCCCGGACUACUGCCUGCGUAACGAGACCACGGGCUCUCUGGGCACCCAGGGCCGCCUGUGCAACAAGACCUCGGAGGGCAUGGACGGCUGCGAGCUCAUGUGCUGCGGUCGCGGUUACGACCAGUUCAAGACCUACAAACACGAGCGCUGCCACUGCAAGUUCCACUGGUGCUGCUACGUCAAGUGCAAGCGCUGCACGUCGCUCGUAGACCAGUUUGUGUGCAAGUAGCAGCCUAGGGACGGGACAGACGCCCUGGGAGAGGCACUGAGCAAUUAGCGGGAGAAGAACGGGACCCUUAACGGACCCAGAGGGGGAACUUAGAGAUAAUUAAAUGUAAAAUGAUAUAUUAAAUAGUAACAAAUUAAAGUAUAUAAAUAAGUGUACGUGUGCCGUUGAUAGUAAUUUAAUGACCUUUUCUGACUCAAGAAUCACAAGUUGGACGUCAUUGAUGAAAAGGAGGCACCGGUGUGACGUUUUCUGGCUCAAGCUGUUGUUCUCUUCAAUUCAGAGAGGCACGAACUCUUUGCUUGUUCUAAAAAGAAGAGCCUACAAACUCUUUAGAGACUCUAGGAAAGGGAGAGAUGCAGAAAGAGGAUGGAGAACAACGGCUCAUCGCAAAUCGCCCUCGGUCCGCCGCUGAUUCGCCUCCACAAACACCUUGCCGAUAUCAGAGCUCUUAAGAACCUUGAGUCAGAGAAAUGUGGAAUUAUCGGACGUUGUGUUCCAUGAUGUCAUAAAGAUCCUUGUGAUAUGACAAGAACAGAAUGCUGCCUGUUACCCGUCACACAAGACACCUGGAGGGACGUGUGAAAGAUGAAACCAGGAAUGUUUUUACCUGAAUUGGAGCGACACGCACACACAAAACUCCUUUUAUUCUUCCAAAAUCAUUCGAUUUGUAUCCUUCGUAAAAAUCUGUUAUGAACCUUUGAUGCAUUUCAGGGGCAUAUCUCGGAAUUACAUCUAAUGUAGAGCAGAGAAUAUUGUGUUUGUUCUGUCACUGUCUUUGUCAUUGUUGGUUGAAACGGUUCAGAGCCUCACGGUAAUGAAUGUGUGUCUGGUAAAUGAAAAUAGAAAAAAAAAAAAGGCUACAUGAUAAGGACUGCAAAAACUAUUAUUGUAACCAAAUACUAGUGGUUCAGAUUAUAUUUUAUUAAUUGCUUCUCAUUUUAUACAUCAUAUGUAUUGUUCUGAUUAUUAUUUUUUGAUAAAGAAGCUUUUUACUGGGGAUUUAUAUGCUAGCAGAGAAGAUAUUACUGGCCACUGGAUGGAACGGGCGAUCAUAGCCGAACUCUCCCACUGUCAGGCCACCGAACAAGACAAUAAGAUCUUUUGUUCAUUCAUGAGUGUUUUGGAGGAAAACUACACUUGUAAAUAACAGUCAGUCAGUCAUAUAUGCCAUUAACACUUACCAUCUCUUUGACAUGUCACUCCACAGUUUGUUUGCUGCCCUGUGAUCAUAUGCUUGUUGUGUGUAUUCCCCCUCAUUCAAACCAGUAAUAUUAAAAAUAUGAAUAGUGAUUAUUAUUACAUACUCAGCUGCUUUACUUCCGUUUAACUCUCUUUGUUUGUUCUGUUUGCUUUGUGGAAUGACUUCAUUACAUUUAUGACCAGGGUUAUGCAUAAGUCAUUAAAAUGCUGCUCACAUGAUAUAUUCUACUGAUAAGGUCAAGACUUUUUGUGUCACAUUAUCUAUGUGUUGUAAGGUAAAUGUAAUGUAACCUUUACACUCAUGCCAAUAUUCAAAGGCAGUGAUCAUGAAGUAAUGGAUAACAGUUAGGGGUCAACCGAUAUGUGUUUUCAGGGCUGCAAGUCAACCGAUAUGUGUUUUCAAGGCUGAUCAAUUAGACUGAUAAUAUUUCGAACCAAUAUAUAUGCCUGGUAUAAAAAUGAAAAUUAAUGUCAAAUAAGAAUAACAAGGGCUAUGACAAAAACUUUCUUUCAAUGCUUUUAAAAUAUUUUAUUGGCGAAUCAGUUUUGAAAAUCAUAGAUACCGAUAACCAUAAGAAUGCUUAAUAUCGGUCGACCCCUAAUAUCAGUAGACCUAGUUAGAGCAGUGCCAUAUUUCAUUUUUGACAGGAAUAAAAAUGAGGCUGUGAAGGAUAGAAGUACAUGCAUUUAAUGGAAUGUAUUGUUGUUUAACAACCGAUUAUUCAGCUGAUGAAACAUCAGAAUUGUGAAAUUAUGUGAUCUAGGACCUUUACACAUUGUGUUUCUUUGUAAAUACUGUUUGUCUAUCCAUCACAGCCUUGUUUUUAAUAUGGUGUCUAACCUGACCAGGGUUAUAGAUUGCAUAAAGUUAUAUGUGCAUAAGUCAUUAAAGUGCUGCUCAUAUGAUCUGUUCUACUGA